AUGUUCGGUGGCGUUUUUCGUAUCGGCUCUAGGAGCCUAUAUCGCGCGGUACCUAGUAGGCAUUUCCAUCUUUCAGCGCGUCGUGACAAGCUAACAACGUUUAUGCUUAGUGAUAUCGGAGAGGGUAUAUCUGAGGUAGAGUUGGUGCGAUGGAACAAAUCGGUCGGUGACGAAGUGGAGGAGAUGGAAUCUGUAUGCACCGUACAGAGUGACAAGGCUGCGGUGGAUAUUACAAGCCGUUACACCGGAGUGGUCAAGAAGCUUUAUGUGGACACUGGGAAGAUUAUCAAAAUAGGAUCACCAUUGAUGGACAUCGAUACUGAAGAUGAUGCGCCACCAGCAGCAUCCGGUGAGACUCCAGCUCCACAGACAUCUGGUACAUCAAAACCAGUAGCACCUAGAUUCCAGAGAUCAUCCGAUAGUGGUGUCAGUGCAUCCCCAAGUGUACGGCAAUUAGCCAAACAAUUGGGUGUUGAUAUAUCUAAGGUGUCAGGUACAGGUUCCAUGGGUCAGAUAACUCGUGACGAUGUAGAGCGAUUUGCAUCUGAUAGCAAAGAAGAUUCAGAUGGAUCUGGUCAAUUCAUGAAACUUAACUCGAUAGGUCGUGGAAUGGUCAAAUCUAUGAUCGCUUCAUUACAAGUACCGCAUGUAACUGUGGGAGAGGACCUCGACUUAACUGAUUUGAGAGCAUUUUACCGUGAGAAGCGUGCUUCUGAGACAGAAGUCAAGCUUACAAUGACACCGUUUAUAUUAAAGGGUCUUUCUUUGGCUUUAAAUGCCAACCCUAUCAUGAACUCCAAAUUCAAGGGAGAUGGUUAUGUGCAAUAUUCAGAACACCACAUCAACGUGGCCGUGGCAACGGAGCACGGUUUGCUAGUACCUGUAAUUCGUAACGUUGAGUCUAAGACCGUAAGGGAGUUACAGCGCGAUUUGAUUCGCGUGCAGAAGCUUGCCCAUGAAAUGCGUCUUUCUGCUGAGGAUAUGAAUGGUGGCACUGUUACUUUGAGUAACCUUGGUGCCAUUGGUGGUACUCACGUGAAUGCACGUCUUUAUGAUGGACAGGCAACGAUAGUCGCAAUGGGCGCCGCACGUAAACAACCAUGCUACGUGGGUGACUCCAUAGUACCGCGUGACAUAGCCUGUCUAGGCGUUACCGCGGACCACCGCCACAUCGACGGUGCAGCAAUUGCACGUUUUGCAGCAAUUCUUAAGGACGUUCUACAAGAUAUUAAGAAGAUUGGCGAAUACUACUAA